GGCCAGGGGCCUGAGCCAGACGCCACGGCUCGGGAGUUCUGGGCCGCGGCCAGCUAACCCCUGCCUCUGCGGAGUGGGCGUGGGGUGGAGAUGGUCGCCCCCGGCCGAGACGAGGCUGAGAGCUGCAAGCCUGAGAGAGAAUCUCGCCCGGGACCCAGGAGGCCAGGGUUCUGGUCUGCGCUCUGCCUUGGGCGCGCCCAAUGACCCGAGAUAGUAACUGUCCCUGUUGAAGUCCCCAGAGCUCCACUUGGAACUGAGGCACUAGCAGGUGUGUAAAGUUGGUCAUGUUUCUGUGCUGCGUGAUUCAUAUCAUACAUAGAAACAGAAGAGGCUUCCUGAGAUCACUGGUACCAUCCCUGCCUGUCACCUUCCCAAGGACUGAGACUUCAGAGACCUCAGGGACUUCUUUCAGUACUCACAGAAACCUCCUAGCCUUGGUGAUGGCACAUGGGGACUGUUUACUUACUCUUAGUCUGAAUGACUGCCAAGAAGGAAGGCAAAGGUAGAGCAGUCGGAUCUCUGGCUCUCCCCAUACUUCUAAUCUCAGACUUUAUUAAACUCCUUUCUGAGCCCAAGGACAAAGCUCACUUGAACAAAUGACUGAGUCAUGAAUGAAAACUCUUGCUCUUUCCAUAAUGAGAAAGGAUUAAGAGACGGACAGGUUGAAAGUGUGUGUGCUGCAUAUCCUCCACCAUAUGACAAGGACACCAGUGCUCUUCGGGCUCUCAGAGGAAUUCCUAUCUCAGAGUUGAAGAACCAUGGCAUCCUCCGGGCCCUGACAGCAGAAGCGAAUGGAUGGGAGCCACGUGUUGUGAGUGCAGAGGUGCUCAGAGCCCAAGAAGAAUGGGAAGCUGUGGACAACAUCCGGACAGAGACAGGGAGCCAGGCCAGCGCAGACCAGCCUGGGCAGCUGAUCUCCUUCAAUGAGGCUCUGCAGCAUUUCCAGACCGUGGACCUCUCUUCCUUCAAGAAAAGAAUCCAGCCAACUAUUCGAAGGACGGGGCUCGCCGCCCUCCGGCACUGCCUCUUCGGGCCUCCGAAGCUCCACCAGGGUCUCCGAGAAGAAAGGGACUUGGUCCUGACCAUUGCUCAGUGUGGCCUGGAUAGCCAAGACCCAGUGCAUGGCCGAGUCCUCCAGACCAUCUACAAGAAGCUGACUGGCUCCAAGUUUGACUGUGCCCUCCAUGGAGACCACUGGGAAGAUCUGGGCUUUCAGGGAGCAAAUCCAGCCACAGACCUGAGAGGAGCAGGCUUCCUUGCCCUCCUACACUUGCUGUACCUGGUGAUGGACUCAAAGACCUUGCUGAUGGCCCAGGAGAUUUUCCGCCUGUCUCGUCACCAUAUCCAGCAAUUCCCCUUCUGUCUGAUGUCUGUGAAUAUCACCCGCAUCGCAAUCCAGGCAUUAAGGGAGGAGUGCCUCUCCAGGGAGUGUAACCGGCAGCAAAAGGUGAUCCCAGUGGUGAACAGUUUCUAUGCCGCCACCUUCCUCCGCCUCGCACAUGUCUGGAGGACGCAGCGGAAGACCAUCGCUGACUCUGGCUUUGUCCUCAAAGACUUGGAGGUGUUGGCCAAGAAGAGCCCCAGGCGGCUGCUCAAGACCCUGGAAAUCUACCUGGCUGGAGUGUCAAAGGGACAGUCCUCGUUGUUGGGAGCACAGAAGUGCUUUGGGCCACAAGCCCCUCACUCCAAGGAUCUCACCUUCACAGGCGUGUGUGACCUGCCGCCACAUUCAUCUGAAGGCACGUGGCUGAUCUGA